AUGGCUGGGUCCCGAGAGGAUCCCGUCGAAUUGGGGAGCGACAUGGACGAAGAUGAAGCGCUACGCUAUGCUAUCGCCCUUUCACUCCAGGAACAAGAGGGACAGGGAGACCAGAGUUCGCAGAUCCCGAGCGCCUCAACCUCGACAUCCCACCGGAACGGGACUGGCUCGGGCGGGGCCUCCUUGGGUUUGCUCUCGCUUGAUCGCAAGAAGAUGGAAGAGGAAAGGUUGCAGAGGUUAGCCAAGCGGCGCCGCUCGCCAGAGGACGAAAGAAGUGUUGACGAGGUCCCGCCGGCAAAGAGGAUGACACCAUCCGAACCUUCCAGGCCUGUAACCGCACCGGCAACGGCACAUGUAUUACCGAGCUUCGUUCCCUAUCCCAAAGGUGCUAUCAAAAGAACUUGGGCCAAAGGGUAUCCGCGGACUUCCGAUGAUAUCAAGAUCGAAGAAGUGUUUCAGAAGGACAAGUUGGAGCUUGCCCUUCUAAGCUCGUAUCAGUGGGAUGAUGAAUGGCUCAUGUCCAAAAUCGACCCGAGAAAGACCAAGCUGUUGCUCCUGGCAUUCGCCGAUAGUGAAGCCCAGAAAUCAGAGAUGCUAUCAAAUGCGCCACCGGGAAUCAAGUUCAUCUUUCCGGCAAUGAAUGGGCCUGGGGCUAUGCAUUCCAAGCUGCAGUUGCUAAAGUACCCUGAGUAUCUUCGAGUUGUGGUCCCAACUGCCAAUCUCGUCCCCUAUGAUUGGGGGGAGACUGGAGUCAUGGAGAACAUGGUCUUCGUGAUCGACCUCCCUCGUCUAGAGGACCCCGCGAAUUAUCGGCAAACCGCAUUCAGCACUGAGCUCGGCCGAUUCUUGUCAGCAACUGGUGUUGGUGAGGGCAUGGUCAGCAGCCUCGCAAACUACGACUUCUCACAGACAAAGCACCUUGGCUUUGUGUACACCAUCCCUGGUGGACAUCAAGGAGAUUCCUUGAAGCGAAUAGGAUACAGCGGGCUGGGCACCACUGUGGCUGCUCUCGGGCUAGCCACUGACGAACCAAUCGAAGUGGAUUUUGUCUGCGCCUCUCUUGGAUCGCUAAACUACGACUUGGUGGGCGCAAUCUACAAUGCAUGUCAAGGAGAUGAUGGCAUGGCCGAAUACAAGUCGAGAAUAGGCCGAACGGGCGCAGCAUCCAAAAGCAAGGCGUCAAACCCGUGGCAGAAGAAGCUAAAGGACCGUUUCCGAAUAUAUUUUCCGACGGAUGAGACAGUUGGCAGAAGUCGUGGUGGGCGUAACGCUGCGGGCACCAUCUGUGUCCAGCCCAAAUGGUGGCGCUCGCCAACCUUCCCCACUGAGCUGGUGCGGGACUGUGUUAACACCAGAGAUGGGCUCCUGAUGCACAGCAAGAUGAUCAUGGUAUCACAGACGCAAGCGGGAAGUCAAUUGCAAACGCGUCCGCAAACGCGACCGGAGCCGCGACACCACGAUUCAGGGCCGGCUGCCGCGGAGCCGAAAACGGAAGAGAUGUCUCUUGGCUGGGUCUACAUUGGCAGCGCAAAUCUGUCAGAAAGCGCAUGGGGCCGCAUUGUCAAGGACCGAGCGACAGGACAGCCAAAGAUGAGUUGUCGCAAUUGGGAGAGCGGUGUUGUAGUGCGAAUUAGCAACCCCAAAAACAGCAGCACCGUCUCCGCCAGCUUCAGCACCAGCGCCAGCGCCGGUGCCAGUUCCAGUACCAAGGUCAAGGCGGCAGAGGGCCAGGCACGGCCAUCGGUGCGGGCGGGGAAGAUAUCGGCGGAGCCGGACAAGGGAUGUGAUACGAGCCAACACAAUCAUCACCACUACCAGAUGCAGAAGCAGAAGCAGAAACAGAAACAGGAGGAAGGGCUCACGGACACAGAUGCACAAGCAGAUUCAGACAUGAUGAGCGGCGCUGUUUUCGAGGGCACAGUCCCAAUACCAAUGCGACGACCAGGUCGACGCUAUGGUGAGGGUGAAGAGCCCUGGUUUUACAGUGUGCAGGGCUGA